AAAAACUUCCUGCGAGAGGAAAACUCUGCCAAGCUCCAGCUUGGAGUCGCAGUCUAAAUCGAGACGGAACAGCGCGGGACUUCAGGAGGACAAAACGCACAACAACCCUUCUAAAAUCUUUCUUGCCCGUCGGAUAUAACUUUCCAACCACGGAUCCAAAGGCGGAGAGCGCGUUUUCUCUACCCUUGCAUUUCUUCAAGCAAGAAAUGGAAGAGAGCUCCAGUUCUCCAGUCUCCCCAGUGGAUAGCCUGGUGACCAGCGAGGAGGAGCUGGACAGACAGCAACAGAAAAGGUUUGGGAGGAAAAGGAGACUCAGUAAAAAGUCAGACAGCAGCAGCAGUCCCAGUUCAGUGACCAAGCGGAACAAAAAGCCAAGUCCGAGCACCACACAGUCCUACGAAGAGCUGCAAAACCAGCGAGUUCUCGCGAACGUCCGGGAGAGGCAAAGGACUCAGUCGCUCAACGAAGCUUUCUCAUCUUUACGCAAAAUCAUCCCGACGCUACCCUCGGAUAAACUCAGCAAGAUACAGACGCUCAAGCUCGCCUCCAGGUACAUUGAUUUUCUCUGCCAGGUGCUGCAGAGCGACGAGAUGGAUAACAAGAUGUCGAGCUGUAGCUACGUCGCGCACGAGAGACUCAGUUACGCGUUCUCGGUGUGGAGGAUGGAGGGCGCGUGGUCGAUGUCCGCCUCCCACUAGCAGCCGGAGCCGUGCAUGUGAUGCCAAACGGACUGUUUACUUCCACACAUUUUGAAGACACCAAAGGAUUUAUUGACAAACCUCUGAACCUCAGUGGCCAAAGGAUAUUCGGUGAUCACACUCACGGACCCGGCCAUCCUGAAAGGAUCAAAUGAAGGAUUGGAUUUUAUGUCCUUAUACUUAGAGAGAAAAGUAGAUGACGUCUCCUGUGUCAACAAAUACAUUUAAUCAUUUUUUACAAGUUAUUCUUAAAUGUCUCCAUGGUGUUAGUGCAGGAAAGCCAUCUGAAACUAUAUUUUGUUUAUGUUUCUAAACAGAAGAGUUUAUAUAUAUAUAUAAAAACAAAAAACUAUUGUACAUACCUGUGAGUGUUGUCAGAAAAGGGACCAAUGCAAUUUAGAGCAAUACUUUCUUGAAGUACGCUGCAUGGAUUAAAGCAUUCAUUAGAUUUUUUUAUCCUAUGCAACAUUCUCAAAUUCUGUCCAUUGUACAUUUUGCUUAUUUAUUAAAAAAUAUUUUUGAACAUU